GAAACUUGGCAGCGUAGACCCUUCUUAAACUAGCAGACAAAAAAAAACAAUCACCCCAAAAUGGCGGUAAAUGUCAGUUAAAAAAUGGUGUAAAAUAUUUUGAAAAUGGAUAUAGAAAAUAGUUUGUAUGGUAGUUUGUGUAAGUUUUUCACUUUGGUGUCAAAACCAAAGACCAGUGGGCAAACACAAACCUAUUCCCGCUGCAUCGUCCCUGAAAUUGAGCAUGAAGCGAAAGAAAAAAAACGUGUGAAGCGUGAUGGAUUCAGUACGUUGUUCACAGCUCACGCCAGUGAAGAAGAAACACUACCAGAUGAAUUUCAAUUGUCAGCAUGGAUUUUUAAAUUGAGAACAUUAAUUCCUUGUUCAGAAGGAAACGCUGUUGAAAAUACCAUAUCUGAUCUCGAGAAAGUUGCAGCUGGAAAAUUGCACAGUAUUUUACCAGUGCUGAAAUUCCUGUCGUACAUCAAGCCUGUCAAUAAUGAAGACGUACCUACCUUGAGAAGCAUUGAAAGUUUCCAGAGGCAAAAUGCCGAAAUCCAACCUGAUGAUAUGAAGAAGCAGUGUGUACCCUAUCCAGUAAUUCAACAAAAUUUGUUUGAUGUUCCACCCUUAAAUUUUCACAUUGGAGAGCUUUAUACCACAACUGUCAUAGAGAAACUUGAAUCCACUCGUCAGUUGGAUGAGCUUGAUGUUGUUCACAGGAACCUGUUUGGUGCCUUGGAAAAUCCGCCAAAAAAUCUGAAUUACCUUGGAAUUUCCAAAUGCAGCAAACUGACUCUCUGGAUGAAUACCAACAAAUCUGAUUAUAAACCAGUCGUCCCUGAUGAAGGAUAUGAAUCACCAACUUCUAAUGCCAUACCGUUUCCGCCCAAUGGAGUUUCCAAUUAUUGGGAAAAUUUAGAAGAUCUUUGUGACUCGUCUAGCAUUCCUCGAACCUGGGAAGCAAAAUUAUCCAAUCAAGCAUACCCAGUCAAAGAAUUACCUUACUUAACUCACGCUCCAUUGCAAGUCAUGCAAGUACUCUGCCAUCACUUUGACAAAAAUUUGAGUUUGGUCGACGAAACGUUACCAGCACGAGACUCUUUCCUGAUGGAUGAAUCAGAAUUCCGAAAAAACUUACUUUACUUGAUGUUGGGAAUCGAGUCGAGAGUAUUUUCCUGCGUUGACGACGAAUUUCAAUUCAACGGCUAUCCUUUUAUCGACGGCAUUAGCUCCGAUUGUUUAUUUGAUCUCGCACGACCUCUGCUACAAUGCGGCCGACUGGUUCGACGUCUGAAAAGUGUAGUUUGGAACCCCGAAUUCGGCCCUGUACGCAAUACACUCGGCGACCAACUGCUCACCAGCUUACAAUACUACCAGGAAAUGGUGGAGGAGGUGAUCAAGUCCCCGUCGCUAAUAGCUGUCGUUCAACAGCUGAAAACACUUUCGUCUUCCCUUCAAUUAAUGGAUCGACUUUGGCAUUGGCCUGGCUGGGAAGAUGGCAACGGACGUGGAGUCGCCUUCCUACAACACCUGGUUGAUCUCUCUACCGUGACAGUUAAUGAACAAGAACGAAACCUCUUGACGGCCUAUUUUGCUGCUUGUGUUGGACCACUGCUUUCGUACGUGGAGCAUUGGAUAUACCGCGGGCGCUGCAGCGAUCCGCAUAAUGAAUUUUUCAUCCGUCCUGACAACGUUCAACUGGAAAAACGCGAUAGAAACUAUUGGAUCAAUGGCUUUGCUUUUCAGCCCAUUAAUCGUCCCGUGGGGGCGGGACCCUUCAUCAAUUCGACUGCAGAGGAUGACGCAAUCACUGGUCUCCUGAACGACGUUUAUCUUUGUGGCAAAACGGUCCAUCUUUUACAGCUGUGCCAAGCAAAAGAACUCGAACACAGGGAGCCGUCGUUGCGAAUCGGGCUCAGCCUAUCCGAAUUGAACGAUAUUCGAGUCGAAUGUGCAGCGUACGCACUAAAAUUUCCGGCUGUCGUUGACUUCGUACGUCCCAUAAAAGAUUUGGGCCAACAGGCUCGCAAGAUUCGCGAUGCCAAAUUGGCUGAACUUGUAGCCGAAAAGGCAGCCAAACAGUUGGACCGUGCCGUGAAGCGCAAUGCCCGUCUUGCCUUAGCCAAGGCCGAGUUGGACGAGCAGCUGGAUCUCAAACGGGCAGAGGAAACCAAAAAAGCGAAUCAAGAAAGGCUCCUCGAUGAAGAUAUUCAACGAUACCAAGAUUCCAUCGACCAACGCGAAGCUGAUGAAAAACGAAGAUUACUCAUCAAAUACGCCAACUUGCUCGAUGACAAGGAUUCAACCGAUGGACCUUUUGAAGAUGAGUUGAAUGCCAAUGAUCCAAUAAGAGGAAUGGAUGAAGAAAACAAUAUCGUUUCUCAAAUUCAACCUGACAUUGUGACUGUUGAAAAAUCGGCCAUCACUUCAGCUCCAAUCCCUGCAACAUCUUCAACUACGGUUGCAUCAUCGAAAAAGUUAAAGCCGACUCAGUCGAAAAAGAAAAUUCUAACACGAGAAGAGAUCAAAACCAAAGUCUUGUGGGAAGAAUUUGGAGUGGAUCCACGUUACACUAAAGAGAACAAUGGAGAAUCCACUCCCGAAGAGUCGUGUCGUGUCGUCAUCAGCCCGUAUGUCCCGAAAGACUGGAGUAAUCCUGCUUCAGUUUCUUACCCUUUCCAAUUUAAUUUCGAUGCCGAACCCGAGCCAACCAUGUUGAUCGGUCAGGAGAAGCGUGACUGGCUACAAGAUGCCGAACCUUGUGAGGAGGAAAUCCGUGACUUGUCACUUUCUUUCUUUGUCCAGCGGAGUUUACUCUUGCCCAUCAGAACCCAGUGUCAAAUGGUCAACCGCUCUCUCAUGACUCUGCUGACAGGUCCCGACCAUCGCUUUAUGCAACAUCUUGAAGCAUUGCGCCAAUAUUUGUUCCUGGACAACGGCGCCUUUAGCCACAGUCUCGUGAGCAACAUUGGACGCAGAUUGGGGCAAAUUACUCGAAUCCAACAGUUGAUUAACGUUCCGUCAAUGAACUUUAUCCUGCAAAGUGCACUCAAUUCCGUCCAAGCCAACGAGUACUACGCGUCCCGCUUGAGCUUCUACACCAAGGAAGCAACGGGGUCCGUUUCCAAUUCGCAACUGGAGGCUUUGGAAUGUUUUACUCUGCGAUAUAGAGUCCGCUGGCCGCUCAAUCUCAUUCUGACCGAAGAAGUUAUGGACGAUUACAGUCAAAUAUUCUCUUUCGUCCUGCAAUUGCGAUUGGCCGCUUGGGCGCUUGAAGACGUCCAUGUCAAUUUAAUGAGAGACCUCCCGAGUCGUUGGCACGCCGUUCACAUCGCGCGUCAUUCGAUUUAUCAUUUCGUGCAGACGUUACAAAACUACGUCAUGAGCCAGCUGUUGACUCUGGCCUGGAGCGAAUUUCUGGCCGAAUUGAAGAAAUACGGUGCUCGUUCACUCGAUGAUUUAUACGAAUUACAUUCCAAUUACAUCCAUCGAGCCAAAUCCCGUUUACUACUCACGCCGAAAAGCGCUUCCCUUUUGAAAAUCAUUCGUGAUGCGCUCAACUUGGCACUCAAAUUCCGCGGUCUACUCCUGGCCGCCAAUUAUACCUAUUCGGAUGCCCUUCAAUCGCAAAUCAACUCGGUCAGCGCCAAAGCCAAAGAAUACGCCAAAUUUAUCAGGCUAAUUCUCGAAAAGGUGAAUGAUCGAAGCCAUCAGUCUCAUUUCAACGAACUUUUGGUGAAACUCAACUUCAAUGAAUAUUACAGUAACUAGAUGGCCGCCCCAAUGGCUUUCCCCCAUUGAUUGUUCAGAUUGUACAUGCCGGAUGAUGAAGGUAAAUAAAAGUUUCACGUUGAUAUUCCACAUUUUUCCUCUACCGAAAGGGACUUUCCCUAAUUCAUUUUAUUACGUUUUUUUUUUCUUUGUCAUGCUCAGGAUGUUAUUUUAGCUAUUUUAACAAAAGAUUGUAACUAUUGAAAGAACGGAGAAUUUGUGGAAUUUAGUUUCCGGGCCGGUUAGCCGAAUGGGGGGGGGGGCGGCAGAUAUUUAGACAAAUGUUGACAACCAUUUUGUGAAACCAUAUGUCUAUUUGGUACUAUCCUUAGCACCCAGGACAAGGUGACAUUUUCAGGGGAAAAAAAGAAACACUAGAAAAAGUAAAUAUUUGUCCAAAACCCCCCAAGUUCCGAUUUUAUAAAAAAAUUCCCGUUUCCAUUUUUUAGAGCCGGAAUUCCCCGUUUUUACAGUGAGAAAAAAAAGGAACUUUUAAUAUUAAAUUUAAUAAAUUUAGCAGGGAGCUUUUCUUUAUUGGUAGUGUAAAUAGCACGUGUACACACCAUGGUGAUGGCCCUGCAGCCAAUCAGCGGUACUCUACGUUCAGUCUUUGGAACACUACGGUCAAUAGGGAUUGGUGCCUUGUUGAAUUAUGAUACCCUUUGGCGAGAAGAAAAAAACUAAGGUCUAUUGGAUGUGUUUCCUCUUGCUAAAAAUACCUCGUUUAAGAGAAGGAAAGUUUUUUCACGUAGCGGACAAAAGGUUUUACACGUGGCGACAAAGGGUUUUUCCCCCCCGUAUGCCGUGAAACUAGACCGAAUCUAUAUUUACCAUUGAAGAAUCUCUCUCUCAAAAGGUCUAGCUUAGAAAAGUAGCGCAGUUAUUAAAAAAAAAAUCAUUUUAGACGAGGUUAAAGACGAAAUUUGUCAUUGUUUAAAUUCCAAUUUAACUUUAGUAAAAUUAGCAAUUUUAAUUGAAAAAUAACUGUACUAAAAAAAAGUAAGAAAUGUCAAAGAAAAUUAUUGCGUACGGUACGUCCGUGAGUCUGUCGUGGCGCUGUCAUACAAGGAUCGCUAUGUCGUAAAUGUUUUUACCCCUGGGCGAUAAACAUGCAAACAACAGCCAGGUUUUUUUUUUCAUUCCCUGCUGAUAGGCAACAAAAACCAACAAAGAAAGUUUUUUCCAUAAAAGAUAUUCCCCUUGAAUCUCGCCAAAUUGUUGACACUGAAAGUUUUUGAUUACAACUGAUGUCAUCGACCGGUUUAUCUUGAAUUCAAAACAUCAUAACUUGUUUCAAAUCAUUUGAUCCACCUUCUCCUUCCAGCAUUCAAAUUGUUUUCACUUUCGAACCUCAUUUCUUUCGACUUAUCCGGUUAUUUUAACCAGCGAACGUUUGAUAGUUACGCGACCAUUUAGCCAUAUAGAGCGGGAUCGUUUGUAAUUGAGUUGCUUUUAUCCCGAUGUACGCAUCGAACCCACACCCACUUGCAAACUCCAGUUAGGAGAAAGGAACACUCGGCUAUUUUGGUGCGAUGAGCAAAUAUGUAGUUGUAUUAUAUCAACAGUCCACACGGGGUGUUGAUCGUAUACCAACUAUGGCACAGCUGGUUUUUCCUCGCCGCGAUAGUAACAACCUUGGAUAAGCGGAUUCCACCUCUCACAAGACGGAUGUCUCCUUUUUUCUUUCACUCUUUUUUAAUGCCUUCCUCAUCAUGUUCGUCUUUAAUAGCACUUGCCUGAAGCACAGCCGGCCGGCCAACUACUUAACGGCCAAUGCAUUCUACAGAUUGAAAUCAUCCUUCCCCCUUGGCUUAGCUUAGUAUAUUGAAAUUAGCAUUGGGUGACGUCUUCCGCGCGGAUUUAAUGCAUUUAAAUCGAAUCAACCUUGGCGUGUCUUUUCCUGGCAUCGAUUGUGGUCAAAAGGAGGCGGAUAGUCGACGAAUUCGGGUAAUGGCUUGAUAGAGUCGCAUCGAGUUCCUACUUGUUCACGCUUCAUAGCCUUGGUUGAAAACCGAGGGGAACUGGAAAUUCCCGGAGUAAAAAAACAAAACAAAGAAAACUUUAUUUUACCGAGGUGCAAAAUAGAGUUAUUUUCCUUUUUCCCCCCUCCACUCAUUUGUAUUAUUUGUGCCGUUCUCUUCUGGCAUUCUUGUUUUGUUCGGUUUUCAUUAACUUGUAUAGCGCCGGAGGAAUGUCUUGGAAGACCGACGUAAACUGGUAGCGAUAGUAGCGGUAGUUGCUUCUUUUCUUCUUUUAAUAUUUCGUGAUAGGGAAUCCCCAACUUUUCAAUUAAAGCCGGCUGUCUUCUCCUUCAGAAAUGAUUCAUUAGCGA